AUGGGGAUAAGACACCUCCUGUUACUUCUGAUUUAUCUGGAUCCGUUGAGCGUGCUGAGUGCAGCCACGGGGGGUAAAAAACCCAAGCAGACGACCAGGAAGGCUCCCAAAGCCACAGCCGCGCCGACGGUCGUAACGCUGCCGAAGACGCCGCAGCCAGCGCCGGCCAGCAACCACGACACCUGCCUGGGUUAUUACGACGUCAGCGGGCAAUAUGACAAAAUGUUCGAAUGUAACAACACGGCUCACCGCUAUUGUUGCGGGACGUGCUACUUGCGCUUUUGCUGCGAGUAUAAGAAAGACAGACUGGAUCAAAAAGCGUGCAAGAACUACCAAUCCCCGCAGUGGGUGGAGACGGCUGCCCCGUCCCCGGUACCGACGGGGGUGACUUUUGACGGUAUGGACCAGACCAAUACGGCGGUCUAUAUCACCUGUGGGAUCAUAGCCUUCAUCAUAGUAAUGGGAGUGUCGGCCAAAGUUGCUUAUGAUAAAGCCACAGAACCACCACAAGAGAUGAAUAUACACAGGGCUCUUGCUGACAUCCUAAGGCAACAGGGGCCCAUUCCCAUUUCUCAAUAUGACUGCGAAAACUUUGCAGCGAUGAACGGCUCGUCCAAAGAUAACACACCAGUCAGAACCUCAUCCAAGAACCACUACACUCCUGUUCACAGCUCCAAAUCCAACCACGGUCACUAUGGGAAGGAGAGUGCGCGGAGCAGCGGGGGUGCGGACCUACACAACUUCAUCUCUUCUGGCUUUGUGACGUUGGGGCGAGGUCCUCAGAAAGGAGAAAAACAUUGGCCGGUCCGCUCCCAGAGUCACCAUGGUACCCAUCAGCACAACUAUAACCAUGUGGCUCUAGGUAGCCCCAUUCGCACACCUAAGAAUGCCCACCGAUCAUUGAGGCGUGAAAACAAUCGGAUAAGUGGCAUCCUGACCUCGCAGACGGAGCCCUACGACCUGUCUUUUUCACGCUCCUUCCAGAGUCUGUCCCACCUGCCGCCCUCCUACGAGGCGGCCAUCAAAGCCGACCUCAACCGCUUCUCGUCCCUGAAGAAACUGACGGAUAAAGAAGUUGAGGACUACUACACUCGCAAGCGCCACCUGCCUGACCUGGCAGCUCGAGGCACUCUACCCUUGCAUGUUCUCAAAAUCAAUCAAGACCAGCAUCGGGAAAAACAACAGCUUCAGAGUCAGGUUCCGCAGUCGUCCAUCUUACAAGCGACUCCCCAGUCACAGUCCUCUCAACAGCAGUCCCAGCAAAGACAGAGACCCCGUCGUGUCCAGAGAGCCAUGUCCCAGGACCGGGUCCUUUCCCCGCAUAGAGCCCCGCAACAGGAUUACAACACAUCCUCAAACGGUAUGUCCCCAUACGGAGGCCGAAUUCUCUCCGACGAACAGUUGCUGUCCGCCGAACGGCUUCGAUCCCAGGAGAGACUCCUUCCCCAGGACCGCCAUACUUCCCAAGAUCGCCUGUACACCAAAGACCGCAUGCACUCAAAGGACCGACUUCUCUCGCAAGAUCUCUUCUACUCUAAAGACCGCCACUACUCUCAAGAACGACUCUACUCACAAGAUCGCCUGUACUCACAAGACCGCCUUCUAUCCCAAGAUCCUCUGCUCUCGCCGGACAAGCUGAUGAUGUCGCUGAAGCGCGGCAUGGUCAGCAGCAUCUCCGGUGGGUUUUACGGAAGCGACAAGUCUAUGUCGCGCGCCAUCUCCCACACAGACGUCUUCAUACCCACUACGCCUCUUAUGGAUCGCUACAAGAUGACCAAAAUGCACUCCCAUCCCAGUGCCUCUAACAACAGCGGUGGCGGAGGCAGCGCCGCCACUCAAGGAGCGGCGGCUGCCCAGCACUCAAACACGUUAGCAAUGAACCAGACUGUAUCCAAGCGGCAGGCAUUUGCUGCCAGACGGACUCACACUGUGGAGCAGCUCCACUAUGCCCCGCAGCAUCACCAGCAGCAACAACAUCCACAGCACUACCGCACAGGAAGCAAGACUGAGGUGACUGUGUAA